GCGCCCGGCUCGGCUAGGCACGGCUCGGCACCGAGCGGCACGGCACGGCACGGAGCGGCCCCGCGGGGGGCGGUGGGCUCCUACGAUGAGCGGUUGGCUCCUGCUCCUCACCAUGCUCCCUGUGUUUCUGGGCCCCCUGGCUGCCACGGCGCAGAAGAGGAGCCAAGCUGUGUGCGAGGACGUGCUGGAGGCUGACAUCGCCUUCCUGGUGGACGGCUCCUCCAGCAUCGGCAGGAACAAUUUCCGUGCUGUCCGCACCUUCAUGGAUGACCUGGUAGGGCCCUUCGUGCAGGUGGUGGGCAAGAAGGCGGUGCGCUUCGCCGUGGCGCAGUACAGCGAUGAGCCGCGGGUGGAGUUCCCCUUCUCCCAGCACACCGAUGGCACAAGUGUCCGGAGGGCCAUCCAGCAGAUGAGCUACAAGGGUGGCAACACACGGACUGGUGCCGGCUUCCGUUACGUUGCUGACAACUUCUUUGGUCCCACGCAGCUCCGGCCUGGGGUCCCCCAGAUCUGCAUCCUCAUCACAGAUGGCAAGUCCCAGGAUGAUGCUGAGGGGCCGGCAUCAAAACUGAAGAGCCAGGGCAUCAAGGUCUUUGCUGUGGGGAUCAAGAACGCUGACCGCAAGGAGCUGAUCCGUGUGGCCUCAAUGCCCACUGAUGCCUUCUUCUUCUAUGUUGGAGACUUCAAGCUGCUGGGGACGCUGGUGCCACUGAUGACACGCAGGGUGUGCACGAGUGUUGGGGGCACCCUCCGCCCGCUGGAUGAGCUCAGCCAUACCGGCCCCUCCAACCUGGAGAUCCUGGAGCAGGGCCUUGACCAGCUGCGGAUCCGCUGGACAGCAGCCAGUGGCCCUGUGACUGGCUACCGGGUGCAGCGUGUGCCACUGACUGGGCUGGGGCAGCCAAUUGUGGCAGAAAGGCAGGAGGUGAGCCUAGGGCCACGGGAGAUGAGCACUGUGCUGCGGGGGCUGCGCAUGGGGACGGAGUACCUGGUCACUGUCAUCGCUCAGUAUGCCAACAACAUUGGCAAGUCGGUGUCUGGCCGAGCACGCACCCAGAGCCGUGCCAGCUCUGUGCUGGAUUUCCGCGUAGUGGAGACUGGACCAACCUUUCUACGUCUGGCCUGGCAGCCUGGCCCUGAGCCUCCCCAGGGCUACAGCCUCAGCUACACUGUGCAAGGAGCAGCACAGGGGGAGGAGAAGACCCUGGGGGCCAGUGCAGAGUCAGCCACGCUGAGCAACCUACGCCCUGACACUGAGUAUGUGGUGAUGCUCCGACCCCACUACGUGCAGCAGCCUGCCAUCCCCAUCACCCUCACUGCCCGGACACGGCGCCCAGCAGGCGUGCAGCACUUGGCUGUCCACAAUGUCUCGGCGCAGAGCAUGCUGCUGGCCUGGCAGCCCGUCGGCGGUGCCACUGGCUACCGGCUCUCCUGGGCAACCCUCACAGGGCAGGACAGGCACAGGGUGGACCUGGAUGCUGGGAGGACAUCCCAUGCGCUGCGGGGGCUGCAGCCCAACACUGACUACGUGGUGACAGUGGCCCCGCUCUUCGGGCAGUUGGAGGGUCCCACAGCCACCGUGCGGCAGAGGAUGGAGGCAGGUGCAGAGCAGACACUGCGGACCAACAUCCUGGGCCCCACAUCCAUCCAGGUGCUUUGGACUGGUGCCCAUGAUGCCCGUGGCUAUCGUCUGGAGUGGAAGAGAGCCACAGGACCGGAGCCCCCUAGGACAGUGUCACUCCCCAGCAGCACCAAUACCUACCAGCUGACAGGGCUGCACCCAGGCACUGUGUACCGCAUCACCCUCUACACACUCUAUGACGGCGGGGAGGUGGCCACCCCUGUCACCACCUUCCAGACAGGUGUGGAGGCGCCCGUGGGUGCCGUGUCAGACCUGCGGCUCAUUGAAGAGGCGGGCAGGCGGGUGCGGCUGGCCUGGACCGGCAUCCCCGGUGCCACCGAGUACAAAGUGGUAGUGCGCAAUAACCAGGAUGGCACAGAGAGGACAAGGCGUGUCUCAGGCAGCCAGACGGAGCUGGAGCUGGGUGACCUCCAGGAGGGCAUUGCCUACCUGGUGCGUGUCUCGGCGCUGGUGGGCAGCCGGGAGGGCAGCACCACCACACUCACUGUCCGCCUCAAGUACCCGGCGGUGGGCAGCAUCUCGGAGCUGCGGGUGACGGAGGCCGGCCCCGGCCAGCUGCGCGUCACCUGGCGAGGGCUGCCAGGCGCUGGGAGCUACCUGCUGACCUGGCGAGGCACUGAUGGUCUGGAGCAAUCCCGCUUCCUCCCUGCUGACCCCACCACCUUCACCAUCGAGGGGCUGCGUGCCGGCAUCAUCUACACUGUUGGUGUCUCAGCUGUUGUGGAUGGCCGUGAAGGCAGCCCCAUCACCGCCACGGGGCGGAUAGCACCUGAGCAGGUGGGGACGGUAUCACAGCUGGAGGUGCAGGCAUCCAGGAGCAACGUCGCCCGUGUCACCUGGGUUGGCGUGCCGGGAGCCACUGCCUACCGCGUGGUGUGGAGCCGCAGGGAUGGAGGCUCAGAGAGCAGCCAGCGGGUUCCUGGACACACCAGCUCCUUUGACAUCCCUGACCUGGAGGGUGGUGUCUCCUACACUGUGAAGGUGACGGCACUCAUCGGUAACCGGGAGGGCAACCCCGUUUCUGUCAUCGUCACCACCCCGGAGGCAGCCCCAGUGCCCCCUGUCAGCACCUUCCAGGUGACGGAGGCUUCAGAGCACCGCCUGCUCCUGGCCUGGGUGCCAGUGGCCAGCAGUGCUGGGUACCGUCUGGUCUGGCGCCUGGCUGAGGGGGGGCCCCAGCACAGCCGGCAGCUCCCAGCCACCACCAGCUCCUACGACCUGGGGGGACUGGAGCCAGGCCAGCGCUACCACAUCAGCAUCACCAGCCUGGCUGGUGGUCAAGAGAGUGAGCCAGCCACCAUCACUGCUGUCACUGCAGCUGCCUCGGCCCACGUUACCAGCCUGCGGGUGACGGAGGUGCGGAGAGACUCCGUGAUGCUCGCCUGGACCCCUGUCCCUGGUGCUUCCAGCUACGUCCUCUCCUGGACCCCCCCCACAGCUGGGGGGCAGCCGGGGCGGACACUGCCCGGCACUGCCAGCUCCCAGCAGGUCUCUGGGCUGCGCCUGGGCCAGCGCUACACCUUCACACUCCGCCCGCUCCUGGGGAGCACACCAGGCACCGAGACCUCUGUCAGCGAGCGCACCGUCUGCAGGAAUGCCCGUGGUGACAUCGUCUUCCUUGUGCAUGGCACCCGUGACAGCUCUUCCAGCGCUGAUGCUGUCCGCACCCUCCUUUCCAACACUGUGUCCGCCCUGGGGCGCCUAGGCCCCGAGGGCACCCAGGUGGCUCUGGCCACGUACAGCUACCGCAGCUUGCCCUGGCUGCUCCUCAACCGCUCCAGUGACCUGCCUGUCGUGCUGGAGCAGAUCCGCACCAUGCGCUACGAGGAGCCCAGCGGCAAUGCCAUUGGGGCAGCCAUCACCUUUGCCAGGACUUAUCUGCUGAGCCCCGGUGCAGGGCGCCGGCCCAGUGUGCCAGCGGUGCUGGUGGUCCUGGCUGACGGCCCCUCCGGGGAUGAUGCCAUCGCUGCAGCCAGGGACAUUAAAGCUGGGGGGGUCCAGGUCCUGGCAGUGGGCUUGGAGGGGGCGGACCGGGAGCAGCUCCGGCGCGUGGUCACCAGCGAGGACCCGCGGUACAUCUACAGCAGUGGCAGCGACCUGGCAGAGCUAGAGGGGGAGCUCACCGAUGACCUCUGCACAAUCAUCUCCACCAGGCCGGAGAUGGAGCCGAAGCCCUGCACCAUGCAGUGCCCUAGGGGCGAGAAGGGGGACCGUGGCGAGGCAGGACCACAAGGACGCAUGGGGCAGCCGGGCCCCCCUGGUGAGCCGGGCCGCCAUGGGCCGCCUGGCCCACCGGGACCUGCAGGGCUACCGGGUCUGCCAGGAGAGAGCGUUGAGCGGCCAGGCAAGAAGGGCGACAGGGGAUUCCCUGGAGCUGAUGGGACACCAGGAAGCCCCGGCCGCCCGGGGAACCCCGGAUCCCCUGGCCAACCGGGCAUCCAGGGCAUCCCUGGCCCCCGAGGGGAUCCCGGACCACGGGGGCUGAUGGGACUUUCUGGCCCGAAGGGGGAGAAAGGCGAGCCGGGAGAGCCCAGGGUGAGCCUGGAUGGAAGACAGGGGCUUCCAGGCCAGAAAGGGGAGCCAGGCAUGCCGGGCAGCUCUGGCCCACCUGGGAGCCCUGGCCCACAGGGACCAUUUGGUGAUCCAGGCCCCCCUGGUCCACUUGGACCCGUGGGGCCACCGGGACCUCCGGGAGAGUUUGUGAAGGGGGAGAAGGGUGACCGAGGGGAGAGGGGCCCCCCUGGACUUGUGGAUGGGGCAGCACCUCGAGGGGAGCCCGGCCCCCCGGGCCUGCCUGGGGACCCUGGGCCCCGGGGACCUGCUGGGCCCCCCGGCCUGAAAGGAGAGAAGGGUGAUGGCAAAGAAGGUUUCCCAGGGCCACCUGGCCGCCCUGGGGACCCAGGAGACCGGGGCCCUCGGGGACCGCCAGGGGAACAGGGCAGGAAGGGAGACCGUGGGGCACCGGGCGAGCUGGGAGAGACGGGCGAGAAGGGAGACCGUGGUGUGCCAGGCCCUGAGGGCGAGAAGGGUGAGGUUGGACCCCCGGGGCGACCAGGGCCUUCAGGCAGAGAGGGAGCUCCUGGACUGGCUGGCCCCCGAGGGGAGAAGGGUGAUCCGGGACCACCUGGCAAGCCGGCUCCCAGUGUGGCCAGUGUUGCAGGAGAGAAGGUAACCCUGCCCCGGCCAUGCCUCUCCAGCCCCAUGCUGGCACCACCUGGGGCAUGGCCAAGGGCAGGGGAGGGGGGGACAACACAGCUGGGUGUCAACCUGAGGGGAUGCCCAUGGUGGUGCCCAGACCUGGCUCUCCCCAGCUGCAGUGGAGGGAAGGAGGGUGGUAGAGGCUUCCCAGGACCAGAAGGACCUCCUGGCCCCAAGGGUGAUGCAGGAGAUAAAGGUGCCCGAGGUGCCCCUGGCCUGAGCAUCCCGGGGCCAGCUGGCCCCAAAGGUGAUCAAGGCGAGCGGGGUACCGUUGGCCUCACAGGCAGGAGUGGCCCAAAGGGCGACCUGGGGGAGCCAGGGGAGAAGGGUGAGCCAGGCCGACCAGGCACACCGGGGCAAACUGGGCUGCGUGGCAAGGAGGGAGAGCGUGGAGAGAAGGGUGAUGAAGGUACCCCGGGCGAAGCAGGUCUGCCUGGCAAACCCGGAGACAGGGGCCCCCGGGGCCUUCCCGGCUACCGCGGCCCCCCCGGGGAGAAGGGUGACUCAGGGGACCCGGGUCCUGAAGGCAGGAACGGCAGCCCUGGAGCACCAGGGAGCAAGGGUGACCGUGGGGAGCCGGGGCUUCCUGGACCCCCAGGACGAACUGUUGAUGUGGGGCUCAGCGGAGUGGUGGAGAAGGGCGAGAAGGGGGACCCCGGAGACCCCGGCGAGGAUGGCGCAAAGGGUGCCCGGGGCGACAUCGGCUCCCCAGGCCUGCCCGGAGAGAGGGGUGCGGAGGGCCCCCGUGGCCCCCCUGGUGCACGGGGUGACCCUGGGGACAGAGGCCUGCCAGGAGAGAAGGGGGACCGUGGCGCACCAGGGCUGGAUGGCCGCAAUGGGCUGGAAGGCAAACCCGGGCCCCCGGGCCCUGCCGGGCUGCGGGGAGACCCAGGGAAGCAGGGGGACCCCGGCCGGGAUGGGCUGCCCGGGCUGCGUGGGGAGCAGGGACCGCCUGGCCCCAUGGGCCCUCUGGGACCACCUGGUGUCCCUGGCAAACCCGGCGACAACGGCAAACCUGGCCUCAGUGGCAAGAACGGAGAAGAUGGGACACCAGGAGAGGAUGGGAGGAAGGGAGACAAAGGAGACACGGGACCCCCUGGCAGAGAUGGCCGCAAUGGUGUCAAGGGUGAGCAGGGGGACAGAGGUGUGCCAGGCCCCCUCGGCCCCCCCGGCCUCCCUGGUGUCACGGGGCAGGUUGGCCCCCCUGGCCAGGGCUCACCAGGCCUUCGUGGGGUGGCUGGACCAAAGGGGGACCCAGGGGAACCUGGACUGCGAGGAGAGCCGGGGCAACCUGGCAAACCUGGAGCACGCGGAGACCCCGGGACUGCAGUGAACAUUGAACGUAGCCUGGAAGCGCUUGGCAUCAAGGUUUCAUCCCUGAAGGAGCUCACGGGUGCCUACGACGGGAGCUCAGACUCAUUUCUGCCAGUGUCUGAGCGGCUGCGGGGGCAGAAAGGCAGCCAGGGGGAGCCAGGAGAGAGGGGUCCUCCAGGCCGAGAAGGUUCCUUAGGCUUCCCUGGUGAGCGAGGACCCAAAGGUGACAAGGGGGACCCAGGUGCACCUGGCCCCCAGGGCCCCACAGGCCGUGCUGUGGGUGAGCGGGGUCCUGAGGGGCCGCCUGGGCAGCCAGGGGAGCCUGGCAAGCCGGGCAUCCCUGGGGUGCCAGGCCGGGCUGGGGAGCUGGGAGAGGCUGGGCGAGCCGGCGAGAAGGGCGACCGGGGUGAGAAGGGCGACCGGGGUGAUCAGGGCAGGGACGGCAUGCCUGGCCCCCCAGGGCCCCCGGGGCCCAAGGCAGACGUGGUGGAGGGCAGCCUGACGGGCUUCCCAGGCGAGCGUGGCCCUGCCGGACCCAAGGGAGCAAAGGGUGAGCCAGGAGCCGAGGGCGAGCGGGGAUCCAAAGGAGAUAAGGGUGAGAGUGGCCUGCGGGGCGAGCGAGGGGAGCCCGGUGAGAAAGGCAGGGAUGGUGCCCCAGGUCUCCCGGGUGAAAGAGGGCUGGCUGGCCCUGAGGGGAAGCCGGGUUUGCCAGGCUUCCCCGGCGUGCUGGGACGCCCGGGCAGCCAGGGAGACCCAGGACCCCCAGGACCCCCGGGUAGUGCUGGCCCACCAGGGACACAGGGCCCACCUGGAAGCAAGGGUGAUCCGGGGGAACCUGGCUCCAGCAUCCGGGGCUUGCCUGGUCCCCAAGGAAGCAUGGGGCUGCCUGGCCCCCCUGGCCCCCCUGGCCCGGGGGGCCCACCAGGUGCCUCUGGGCUGCCAGGACAAGUGGGGGAGACCGGGAAGCCAGGUGUGCCAGGCAGGGACGGCAUGCCGGGGAAGGACGGCGAGGCGGGGAUGCCUGGGAAGAUGGGCAUGCCGGGACCUUCAGGCCCUGCUGGUCCCAAGGGAGAGCCAGGGAAUGCUGGAGCCCCAGGGCAGGCCAUCACUGGCCCUCCCGGUGUCAAAGGUGAGAAGGGCGAGCCGGCGUUGCUGGAGGGCGUGCUGCUGGGAGAACCUGGCUCCAAGGGUGACCGAGGCUUGCCGGGCCCCAAGGGCGAGAAGGGAGAGCCAGGAAGAUUCGGGGAGCCAGGGGAUCCUGGGGAAGACGGAGCCAAGGGGUCCACCGGAGCCAAAGGGGAGAAGGGAUCACCAGGUGUCGGUGUGCAGGGGCCGCCAGGACAGGAUGGGCCUCUGGGCUUGAAGGGUGACAUCGGCUUGCCAGGACUACCAGGACCCCCAGGUGUGGCAGGCAUCGCUGGGACGCCGGGACAGCCAGGCCUGAGAGGGGACAAUGGGCAGCCUGGCCCACCAGGCCCCCCAGGAGAGAGGGGUUUGAUCGGCUUUCCUGGGAGAGAUGGCACACCCGGACCACCAGGACCCAUGGGGCCCCCAGGGCCAGCCGGCAUACAAGGGGCAUCUGGGCUGAAGGGUGACAAGGGUGCUCCAGGGGCUGGGCUGCCAGGAGCCAGAGGUGAGCGUGGAGACCCAGGGCCACGGGGUGAAGAUGGGCGACCAGGGCCAGAAGGGGAUCGCGGGCCAGCGGGCUUGCCUGGGAACCGGGGAGAGCGUGGGGACAAGGGAGACGUUGGGGCCCCAGGGCUCAAAGGAGACAAGGGUGAUACUGUUGUGGUGGAGGGGCCUGCUGGAGUGCGGGGCAGCAAGGGGGAGCCGGGAGAGCGUGGCCUGAAGGGCACAGAAGGGGACAAGGGGGACAAGGGGGAGCAAGGCAUGCCUGGAGAGAAGGGGGCGAGGGGCGAGCAAGGCGAGAAGGGCUCCACAGGCUUCCCUGGGGCACGUGGCCCUGGUGGGCAGAAGGGAGAGGUUGGAGCGUUGGGAGAGCCUGGCGAGCCGGGCCAGCCUGGCCGUGAUGGGAUCCCUGGAGCCCGGGGAGAGAAGGGAGACAUGGGACCCUAUGGCAUGCGCGGUCCCAAGGGUGACCGGGGCAUGAAAGGUGCCUGUGGCAUUGAUGGGGACAAGGGUGAGAAGGGAGAGCCAGGGAUCCCAGGGCGCUCAGGGCUGCCAGGGAGGAAAGGCGAGCCGGGAGAGCUGGGUCUGUCGGGGCCACCGGGCACCCCUGGGAAGGAGGGGCUCAUGGGACCCAAGGGUGACCGGGGAUUCGAUGGGCAGCAGGGAGCCAAAGGAGACCAGGGGGAGAAAGGAGACCGGGGUGCCCCGGGCAUUAUCGGUGGCCCCGGUCCCCGGGGUAGUGACGGUGCUCCUGGCCCCCCCGGACCUCCAGGAAACGUUGGCGCACGAGGUCCCGAGGGCAUACAGGGCCAGAAGGGGGAGAGAGGCCCCCCUGGACAGUCAGUACAGGGGGCCCGCGGCGUGCCUGGUAUCCCUGGUGAGAGAGGAGAGCAGGGCAGUCCCGGCAUCCAGGGGCUCCGUGGGGAGAAGGGAGAGCCAGGCAUGACGGAGGAGGAGAUCCGUGCCUUCGUCAGGCAGGAGAUGAACCAGCACUGUGCCUGCGGUGGCCACUUUCCACAGCACCUGGAUUCACGUGAGCACUCAGGAGGCUGGGGGACUCAGGCCAGGAGCAGCCUCCACACUGCCCAGGGAGGAGGAAGAAGCAUCCGCCAGGAGAGGGAGCACGGCCAAAGAGGGCGAUUCCCCACCCAGCCAUUCCCAGCUGGCAGCACUCACCCAGUCCCUGUGCUCAAGUUGUCACACGCUGAGGAAGAGGAGAGGCAGGAUACACAGAUCAUGCUUGACACCGAUGACCUUGAGUAUGAGAGCCUGUAUGGGGAGGAGGAGGACUACGACGAGGUCCCAGAGAUGGACAGCUUGGAGCAGCCCGUGAUGAGCGCCAAGCCCUGCAGCCUGUUGCUGGAUGAGGGUGACUGCCAGCGCUACACGCUGCGGUGGUACUAUAACCAAAGAGUCACCGAGUGCCGGCCCUUCAUCUACAGCGGCUGCCGAGGCAACCGCAACCGCUUCAACAGCAAGGAGGAGUGCGAGCUGCACUGCGGGCAGCACCCAGGGGCAGAUGCCCGCAGCAUUGCCAGUGACAAGGUGGGAGAGCAUCUGAAGGCAUAGGCGUGGGCAAUGGCUUGGCAGGCAGGGCUGCCUGGUGGUGGGGCCCAGCUGCCGCCCCAGCCAGGGCUGGGCUGCCCAUGGUGGCAGGGGCGGCAUGUCCACCAGCCUCUAGCAGGAACUUGGUGCUAUUUCUAACGUGUCUUAUUGCUGCUCACAGGUUUUUCCUUUCAUAUUACUUCUACUACCUGUUAAGGUGAAAUUUGUAUCAAAUGGGAAACCAUCCCCCCUGCAAGGCUCUUAACCCCCUUUCCCACCCACAAGUUUUCUGGGCUGUUGCCAGUUUUAUUUUUAACUUAUUUGCUGCUGAUGGCAUGGUGCUUGGCCCCAUGUCCCCUCCCCCAGGAGCAGAGCUGGGACUUGGCGUGGUUGGGCUCCCCUCAUCUAACACUUUAAUCUCCUUCCCUGCCCCUCCCAUGAGUCUCCCAAAUCCCCCCUCAACUCCCUGCUCUCUGCCAGGGGAGGCUGCCUGCAUCCCUGGGCUAGGUGGUGCCUUCCUGCAUGGCAUCCCUCAACACCCACCCUGCAACCAGCUCCAUCUCAAUAAAUUUCACCUCAGCCUCAAACAGGACUCAGUUCCACUUCUGCAGCUGCAAUGGUUUGGCAAAGACCUGUGGGGGGCUGCAGGCUCACACGCCUGCCAACAGCAUGUCUGUCUUUAAUCCAGGGGGUGCUUGUCUCCACUCCCCGGCCUGCUGGGGAAACCCUGAGGAUGGUGCUAUGUUAGAGGAGGUUCCUGCUCACCUCGCUUGCUCUCAAAGGUUUCAUGAAAGCAAUGUGGGCUCCCGGGGUUUGCAGGGGGCUGUGGGCUGGUGGGCGGGCUUUGUAGCGCCCGUAUGUACCGCUGCUCUCUGGGUAUAUCUGUAUACAGCGAAUGUAUAUGUGUACCAAUGUGGGGGGGGGGGUGUGUGUG